AUGCCACUUCCUACCCCCGUUAUCCCCGAUGAACACAAGAGCAUCAUGAACCACAACGCAUUCGAUCGCCUCUACUGGUCCGUCCUAGACCCAGCAGGCAUAUCGAGCGUGCAAGUCGCCGAAGAAAACGAAGACGCUUCCCCAUCUUCCAGAGCCUACCUAACCGACCACCCCCUCGCCCUACAACCGGCAACAACAACCAAUGCCAACAAACUCAUCUUCACCGCAAAGGACCUCGGUGUACACGCCAGUGAAUGCCACAUCUGGAGCGACGGCUUCGAAGAACCAGAAGACGGGGUCGAGAACCUAGAAGACGCCUGGAACUACUUCGUCAUCGAGACGGAAGACGGUAGCCCGUUGCUCGUUCGCGACCAAACUAUCAUGGGCUCCAUAUUCUCAUCAAUCAACUCACCCGAGUCUUCAAAGCCAGACUCUCGGCCUCCUUAUGAUGGCCUGACUCGAUACCCGUAUGUGCGUAACGGUCAGCUUGUCCCCGUCGAAGCGAAUCCCACUAUAUGGUACGAACGCCUGUUUGAGGUUGCGGACUGUGUACAACACCAAGACACGGACAAAGUCAUCAUAUCCACCCCCAUCUGCGCUGAAGACAACGGCUUUUAUCCAGACCCCAGAUCGAGGCAUGGCUGGCCAAUUAAGCGCUUGCGGAAGGCGUACGAGAUCCUUGGUGAACCACACCCGCGGAUCGUUCGGUAUAUCGGCGCGCUGUACAGCACUUCGGGUGAUGGCAUAGUCGUUGAGAAGCUGGAACCAGGCCAGCUCAAGAGGGUUGAGGUGCCUGCAAUGACAGUGCCUGUAGUAGCGCGAACGAUGUCGCACGACGACAAGAUCAUGCUAUCGCUAUAUUACCGAUGGGCGAUACAGGCACUCUCUGCCUUUCGGUUCAUGCAUGCUAGAUCCAUGUGCAUUGGGUUCUUCUCAUCGCAACUCGUGUGGAUACGCCCGGACUUCUCGCUCGCAGUGGGUGGAUUCAUCAGCGCUAGUGCACAGGAGAUAGAGGAUGAGCUCUGGAAAGAUACUGAAGAAGACACUCAGGCGGCCCGACGAGAAGCUAACUUCAUAGAUGAAAAUGGGCGAGAGAUAGAGAGCACCGCUAGCUGCGGUUGGGACGAGGGUGAGUGGGCAGGCGACGACAUGAUAUAUGAUAUGGUACAUGGUGAGAAUUCUUUUGAUGAAAGUUACUACACAGGAGGUGUACAAGGAAGUGUAAAGGCAGACCUCUUCUGCUGGGCUACAUUCGUCUGGCGACUCAUGACGAACGACUUCACUGCUGUGUCGCCAUCGCGUCGUGGGCCUUUUCGUGGACUAUGGGAGCCUGCAUGGCCCAUGGAAGGAGGCUACAUGAGAGAAGACUCGCCAAAUAUAUCUAACAUUAUCGAUGAGAGACAACGGCGCAAGCUAUUCCAGCAGCUAGAGAGAGCUAGAUUGGGACAUGUUCUGGUUGGCGCUUGGAAUAAUCGAUAUGGCAGCGUGGAUGAGGUUGUUCGUGAUAUCGAGUUGGCAGCAGUCGAGGUGGGCAUAACCAUCUCUGGCGACGAGGUUGACAUUGGUGAGAAGUGGGAGGAUGUGUUCGAGUUCAAGGACGGGAAGCUGGGUUUCAAAGUUGGAUCUGAUUAG